GCGGCGCUGCGGGGUCAAUUGGACGCCCGUGAAAAUCCUGCCAUCUAUCAGCUGCUACCAGUUCUAUCGAUGAAACCAAGGUCAUUGGUUUAUGCAUAACACCUGAUUGCAUUUGUAAAUAAACAGGUAUAUUCAAGUGUCACCUUGUGUGAACAUUAUUUCCAGGGGAAAUUACACAUCAGGCAUGCAUUUUAUUAAACUGGCAAUAUUUGCUGCUUUCGCAUUGGAAAUUGCCUUAGUCGCAAUUGCUUCAGAUGCAGCCAAGUUAGUUAUUACAGUAUUAAGUCAGUAUCCGGGUUAUCACACUGCUAAAGCAUACAGGUUGCGUGACAAUAUCAAAGAUCAAGCACAAGAUCUCCAAGAUGUCUCUGUCAAUAUUAUUUUGACACACGAGCUGAACUUAGUUGGCUCGUGGACCAUUGGAAACAUAUUGCCUGAUCUCAUUAGAAAUUUUGAAGAAUCACAAUGGUACCUGUUUUGCGAAGUCAAUACAUUUAUCAAGUUGAAACGUCUGACGGAUCUUUUAAGGGGCUUCAAUUCCUCACAGGUGCAAAAAGACAUCUGGCUGGGAUAUGCAGUUUAUGAUCACGAGCCAACGAUAAUUCAUCAUUUUUCUGAUCAUACUAAAAAGUUCAAAUACCCAAAUCCAUCGUCGGGAUUUGUUAUUACAGCACCACUCGUUAAAAAAUUAGCGCAAAGAGUUGCCAGUGGUGAAAAACCAGAAGGAGAAUUUUCCAUAGACGCUGCUUAUGAAUUUUCUAAAUUUGUUUGGGAUAAUGGAAAGGGAACUAGAUUGAUACACGUCCCUGAACUCUGCGUAGUCUCUGACGACACUUGUGCUACAUAUCCUCAGCAUUUUCAUCCUUGUGGCCAAUCUAUACCUAUACAAAAGGUAUAUGUAGCAGUCAAAACUUGUAGUAAAUUUCACGUGCAAAGAAUUUCAGUUAUCAAGAGAACAUGGGCUAAACAUGCCGCCAAUAUCGGAUAUUAUAGCGAUAAAGCAGAUGACAAUAUACCCGAAGCUAUAGUCACUCCAAAUACCACGCAAGGACACUGUGCAAAAACUUACUCAAUUUUGAAACACAGCAAUGAAAUUUUGACGAGUAAAAAAUUGGAUUGGUUGGUUAUCACUGAUGACGAUACAAUCUUGAGCUUAGGGAAGUUGUUGCAAUUGCUGACUUGCUACAAUCCGUCCGAUCCUGUAGCUUUGGGUGAACGAUAUGGUUUUCGUUUAUGGAAAAAUAGUGGAUACAACUACUUGACCGGUGGAGCGGGUUUGGUUCUAUCAGCUAAUUUAGUCCAGAAAUUAAUAGAACCAGGUUUUUGUAGCUGUCCAUCACCGUCCACACCCGAUGACAUGUUUCUCUUUGGAGUAUGCCUUAAACGUGUUGGUACAGAGCCCAUACAUUUACCACAUUUCCAUCAGGCCCGACCAGAUGAUUAUCCAAAAGUAUAUCUUGCGUCACAAGAACCGGUAUCGUUUCACAAAUUUUGGCAAAUUGAUCCCAAACAAGUGUAUGAUGAGUGGUUCGCUGAAGCUGAUGCAUAUCUCUCGCCACCUGUUCAGCAUACGGAACUUUGAUUUUCCUGAUAAAUGGAGCAAGACACGUUUGUUUUAACAGACUUAAAACUUUUUCAAAUGCAACAAGAGAGAGAGAAAGAGAACCGUCGAUACGUUUUAUAUAACAGAUUGGUGAAACAUUGGAGAUGUCAGUCUGUGAACUUUGUUUCUAAACUCUGUGCCGCUUGUAAUCAUAAUCAGCCGUUAUAAGCCAAGAAAUUUGUACUAAUGUGCAGAAUGCAAAUGAUGCAACCCCAACAACUGACGCUCUUAUAUUUUAUUUGUACAUAAGUACUCCAGACAAAUGUAAUCAUGAUAAUAGCUGGUUUUAUUUGACCACUGAUUGCUCGUCCUUCCAACUAAUAAUGAGAGGUUUGCAGUAUUCGUACAAAAUACGCUUAUCAUAUGUCUGUUGAUACGUGUGAUCAUUACAGAAUUUAGAUCGAGUUAUAGCUCUGGAAAUGAGGGGCUUAUCAUACAAUAUGUAAUCAUUUUUGUUUUUAUAUUUGAGUUGUACAGGCAUAAAUAUCCGUACAGCAAGACUCGCUAACAAGAAUUGCUCAUAUGCACCAGAGGUUGACUGAAUGCCAUCACUCAUAUACAUCUUUCAAAUAUUAAUAAACUUCUACAAAUCUGAAUUAAUAAUGCAAAGAAUGGAAGAAACAGAGAUUGAAAAAUUUUAUGACAAGUAUACAAAUAUAAAUAAGCGAUUACUUAGGGCAGUCGGCUUGUGGCCUCAGGUGAGUAAAGUGAAACAGUAAAUAAUAUGUUAGAGUAAUGAACCAGUGAGCAUCUAAUGAAUGUAUAUUUUUGAAACAAGAUCCUGUGAAUAAAAAAUUGUAUUCCUAA